AUGGAAGCGCGCGACCCCUUUACGGAGAUCGUCAAUGAAGCGAAUCGAGCAUUAAUAGUAAAUAAUUUGGGUCCUAUUAGACCACUUAUCGAAUUUCCCGUAUCAACAUCUGGGAAAAGAACCUUCAAGUUCCAAUCUCGUUGGUAUGACCUCCAUUCAUGGCUAGAAUAUUCUGUACUGAAAGAUGCAGCAUUCUGUUUUAACUGUAGGUGCUUCGGGACACUUGGUAAGUUCACUAAUAUACAAACUCAUGAUAUUUACAACUUUCAAGCAUUUAGGAAUUUAAUAUGAAGUCUGCUAUCACUGUUUUUUUUAAGAAAAUUGCGUUUGAAUGUAUGAUCCUAGGUAGCCCCUAAUUAGUAGCAAUGUUACGAUUGCGAUGCAUAUACAGUAUGUAAUAUCGCAACAGCGACUGAGUAAGUUGGACUACUAGGGUAGGAUGUGUCAAUAUGUUAUCUACUGUAUUAUUCCGUACGUAUUUAUAUAACUGGCGAAGGUAAAUAAAUAAAUAAAGUUUCAAUUUAUUAAAUUUAAUAAAUUGGGAUUAAUAACGAGCAACAUCCUUUUGCGCCUACUAGACAAAAGGCUUAAUAAAACCAAGAAGCGGUUUUGACAGUAAAUUAACACUAUUUCUACCUUCCGGCAAUAUCCUAAUAGGAUUUUUUAAAACAUAUAUGCAGCGGUUUUGACACUAUCUGUAUCUCCCGGCAAUCGGCUAUUUUGGGCAUAUCAUACCUCAAGUUACCAUAUGCAAUAGUCACAUUUCAAACUCAGUUCAUUCUAGUCUGACUGUCAGAAAACCGCUCUUUUCGCCACAUAUUUCGCCACACAAAAUGAUUUGCGUAAUUUAUCGAUGGAGUAUAAUUUAGACCUAAAACUUAACUUUAGUUGGAAGCUCAGAAGAAACAUUCACAAAGACAGGCUUUCGUACAUGGAAAAAAGCUUCUGGCGAAAGUGGAAAACUGGCUAAUCAUGCUAAAACGCAAAUGCAUAUUCUAUCAAUGGAGCGCAUGCAGAACUUUAAAAGUGAGAACCAACAUAUUGAUGUGCAACUUGUUGGCAUAGCUGAAGCUUCGAAGACAAGAAAAGAACAAGAACGAGAAGAAAAUCGACAGAUUGUCCAGACGAUUUUUGAUGUAGUCCGACAUUUGGCGAAGCAAAAUACCGCGUUCCGGCCGUGGGCACAACGAGACAAAUGA